UGCCCGCCCCGCCGCCGCCGCCGCCGCCGCCUGCUCCCUCCCAUGGAUUUCACCUAGCGCCCUCCCUCCCCAUGGCGGCUCCGUGCUGCUGCCGCAAGGCGCCGGGACCCGAGGCCGCCGCCGCCGCCGCCGGCGCGGGGGAGCCGGAGGACGAGCCGGAGGAAGAGGAGGAGGAGGAGGAGGCCGGGGCGGCGGACGUGGCGUCGGCCUGCAGCUGGCGGCGGUUCCGCCUGCGGCACCUGCAGCUGGGGCUGGAGCUGCGUCCGGCGGCGCGGGAGCUGGCGGGCUGCCUGGUGCUGCACCUCUGCGCGCGCGCCCCCGCCGCGCGCGCCCCCGCGCCGCGCGCCCUGGUGCUGGACGCGCACCCCGCCCUGCGCCUCCACUCCGCCACCUACCGGCCGGAGCCGCCGGGCCGCCCGCCCCGCGCAUGCGCCUUCGCCUUCGGGCCGGCUCCCGGGUCCGGCCCCCCCCCCGCCGCCCGGCCGCCCCCCGCCGCCUGCUGCCGCGCGCGCCCGCUGCCCUUCCGCCUCGACCCCUUCACCGACUACGGCUCGUCGCUCACCAUCACCCUGCCCGCCGCCCUCCGCCCCGACCAGCCCUUCCAGAUCGUGCUCCGCUACACCACCGCAGACGCCCCCGCCAUCUGGUGGCUGGAUCCCGAGCUGACCUACGGCAACUCGAAGCCGUUCGUCUUCACCCAGGGCCACUCGGUGUGUAACCGCUCCUUCUUCCCCUGCUUCGACACCCCCGCGGUCAAGUGCACCUACUCAGCGACCGUCAAGGCUCCUGCAGGUGUCCAGGUGCUGAUGAGCGCCACUCAAAGUGCCUACCUGGAGCAGGAGGGCGUGUACCAGUUUCACAUGGAGUACCCAGUUCCGGCCUACUUGGUGGCCCUGGUGGCGGGCGACCUGGUACCUGCCGACAUCGGGCCCAGGAGCCGAGUUUGGGCCGAGCCGUGCCUGCUGUCGACGGCCACCAGCAAGCUGUCCGGGGUGGUGGAGCAGUGGCUGAGCGCAGCCGAGAGACUCUACGGACCCUACAUGUGGGGAAGGUACGACAUUGUCUUCCUGCCUCCCUCCUUCCCCAUCGUGGCCAUGGAGAACCCCUGCCUGACCUUCAUCAUCUCCUCCAUCCUGGAGAGCGACGAGUUCCUCAUCAUCGACGUCAUCCACGAGGUGGCCCACAGCUGGUUCGGCAACGCGGUCACCAACGCCACCUGGGAGGAGAUGUGGCUGAGCGAGGGACUGGCCACCUACGCCCAGCGGCGAAUCACCACCGAGACCUACGGUGCUGCCUUCACCUGCCUGGAGACGGCGUUCCGCCUCGACGCCCUCCACCGCCAGAUGAAACUCCUCGGGGAGGACAACCCGGUCAGCAAGCUGCAGGUCAAAUUGGAACCAGGAGUGAACCCCAGUAACCUGAUGAACCUGUUCACCUACGAGAAGGGAUACUGCUUCGUUUACUACCUGUCCCAGCUGUGCGGAGACCCCCAGCACUUCGACUCCUUCCUCCGAGCCUACGUGGAGAAGUACAAGUUUACCAGCGUCGUGGCCCAGGAUCUGCUCGAUUCCUUCCUGAGCUUCUUCCCAGAACUGAAAGAGCAGAGUGUGGACAGCAAAGCAGGGUUGGAGUUCGAGCGCUGGCUCAAUGCCACGGGCCCUCCCCUGGCUGAGCCCGACUUGUCUCAGGGCUCGAGCCUGACCAGCCCGGUGGAGGCCCUCUUCCGGCUGUGGACGGCCGAACCCCUGGACCACGCGGCCGCUUCGGCCAGCAGCAUCGACAUCACCAAGUGGAGAACUUUCCAGACCGUGCUCUUCCUGGACAGGCUCCUGGACGGGUCUCCGCUUCCCCAAGAGGUGGUGAUGAAGCUGUCCAAGUGCUACUCGUCGCUGCUGGACUCCAUGAACGCCGAGAUCCGGAUCCGCUGGCUGCAGAUCGUCGUCCGGAACGACUACUACCCGGAUCUCUACAAAGUCCGCCGCUUCCUGGAGAGCCAGAUGUCCCGCAUGUACACCAUCCCGCUCUACGAGGAUCUGUGCACCGGCACCCUUAAAUCCUUCGCUCUGGAAGUUUUCUACCAGACCCAAGGCCGGCUACACCCCAACCUGCGCAAAACCAUCCAGCAGAUCCUGUCCCAAGGCCUGGCCCCCAGUCCGGCCGCCACGGACCCGACCGGCCUCUCGGUCGCUCCGGAUGCGCCGGCCCUGCUGCUGGAGGACAAGCCCCCCGAGGCCACCAACGGGGCCAUCUCUCUCAGGGACGUCAACGUGUCCGCCUAGUGGUCCCGACGGGAGAGGGGCCGCGGGCCACGCCCCGGCCCCCACGGCCGGGAGUCUCUCUCCCCGUCUCUCCGGCUUUCUCGGAAAGCCCAAGCACACAGCAGAUGCGCCUUGCCGUGUCCGACGGAGGGCGCGCCCAGUGCCUUCUCCGGCUGGGAGCCGGACCGGGGGCGGGCGGGAGGUCUUACCCCGCCUGGCCGGGAGUCGCCCCCGUCGCUGCCCGGAACGCCCCGGGCCGGGAGCCGGAGGCCGGCGGUUGGCGGGGGUCGGGAGUUGGGUGGUCCGGCCUCGCCCCCUGAGAGUCUGACGGAGAGGUCCGGCGGACAGGACCGGGUAACCACGGACCCGAGGGGCGGGCCUUCCCGCGAGGGCUCGUGGGUGAGCAUCUCUCUGCCCGUGAAGAGCAUCCCCCUCCUCCCCCUUGCCCUGGGGUUGUCCUCUCUGGCAGGCGGAGCCAGACCGGGCCCCGUCUACCCCAUCUUGCCGGUCACUUGCCCUGCUGGGGCUUGCCGGUGACGGAGCCUCUCGCCUUCUGAGGGUGGGCUUGCGGGUCUAGAGGCAACCGCCGGUGCACACGCUCUCCCCCGCUACCACUGCCCGACCCCUCCCCGACCCCGCGGACCAUCACACUGUGCCUUAAGUCUGCCCGGGAAGGCCGGAGAAACGCCCCUUUCCGCCGACGGCCCCACCGCGGCCCCCUCCUUACGCUCUCUCUCCCCGCCCUCGCCCCGGGAUCCUCCGCCAGGUGUCCGUCGAGGCCGGCCGGCCCCCAGAGGCCUCUGGUGCGGGUGCCGGCAGUGAGGGGCAGCCCCGGGGGAACCAGCAGGCGGGGGGACCCGUGGACCCCAAGACGACGCCCGCUCCCUUCGGCUGAGCGGCCGCCUCUCCGGCACCCCGCGUGCGGCGUGCAAGCCAUGAGGCGGGCCCGGGAAGAGAAGGGGUGAAGCACAGAGUCCCUCGGGGAGAGGCGGCGCCGGGCAGCCUGACCGGCCCCAUCCGCCCCCCGCGUUUCCACGCCCCAGGUCCCGUCCCGGGACGGGGAGUCCAGCCGAGGGCCCGGGGGCCGUAACUGGAAACGCUAGCCUCUGUGUGUGUGUGUGUGUGUGUGUGUGUGUGUAUUUGUGUGUGUGAGUGUGUCUGUGCGUCUGCACCUUGUGCGGUUAGCCUCGGCCCCGGGCCAGACCGGGAUAAAGCAAUAGCCAACUCAGGCCCCACUCCCAACCCCACUGUACUGUUGCCAAUUGUGCCAUUUGUCCCCAUCCUGGGUGGACCUUGGCCCCAUCCCUUUCUUGGGAGGGUCAACCCGCACCGGGAAGGAGGCGGCUUCCCAGCCCCAACCCAUCUCCCGCUCGGAUGAAACGGAUCUCCGGAGCCGGAGCCCCCCGCUCCCCUGCCGGCGGACCUCGCCCGGCUCGGAGCGGCGGCAACCACUAACUGCCACCCGCGGCGGGAGCGCCAGCCUUCCACCUCGGGGCUCCUCGGACGGGGAGGGCGGGAGGGGAGGGCGGCCCACCGCCGGGGGGACUUUUUAAGAAGAUGACAUUGAGGCCUUACGUCAACAAUAUCUGUCCGAUUAAACUCCGCUUUGUGACAAGG